CCUGCAAGACAACAUGCCAGACUUUCCCGCCUCUUGCUCGCAGGACCCAGCCGGGCAGGCUGCCUUCGUAAGCAGGUUGCGGGGCUCGGCAAGAGCGCAACCCGGCGCCGGACCCCUGGGCUAAAAAUCGCCGGCAGGACCCCCGCCAGCAUUGCCUGGGCAGAGGCCCGCCGAGAGUGGCCGACAAAGAGGCUGGGGGGCGGCGGGGAUGGCGGUGGGCACCCGGCGCCCUUCUCCUCCCGCUGCAGGCUGCUGACUCGGGGGGCCGAGGGGGGCGCAUGGCCGGGCCCGGCCUGCCCCCGCCGGGGCUGCUGGCGCUGGGGGCGGCCGCCUUGCUGUGGCCGCCCUGCCAGGGCACCUGCGGGGAGCUGAAGUGCGGCGCGCAGGAGAGCUGCUGCCGCUACGGCAACUUCAGCGCGGCGGAGUACAAGUGCUGCAAGCCGCCCUUCCACACCUUCCUGGACAACGUGGGCUGGUUCGUGCGCAAGCUCUCCGGCCUGCUCAUCCUGCUGGUGCUCUUCGCCAUCGGCUACUUCCUGCAGCGCAUCAUCUGCCCGCCCAGCCCGCGCAGGCACGGCCGUCGCAGGCACGGCCGGCGGGGCCCGGAGGAGGACGACGACGAGGAGGGCGAGGACGACGGCGGCGGCUCCGACUCGCCCGGCCUUGGCGGAGAGGGCGGCAGCGGGAGGGGCGGCACCCCGCUGAACGUGACGGCCGCCACCUCGCAGGACUCGCUGCUCGACAGCCGGGCCCGCGACGCGCCGCCGCUGCUGCCGCUGUUCUCGCCGGUCUUCUUGCAGCUGCCCAGCUACGAGGAGGUCAAGUACUUGCCCACCUACGAGGAGUCCCUGCGGCCGCCGCAGCCCCGCGUCCUGCCUGUCACCAGCCUGGCCACCGCAGCCUGCCGGGGCCUCGCCCAGCCGGACUGAGCCGCCCGGCGCGCUCGCUGACUGCCGCACGCCCCUCGCCGCCCCGGAGAAGGCGCUGCCUUAUGGCCCGCCGCGCUGGCCGGGGGUUGCGUUGCCAUCCUCCAGGUGGGGCCAAGAGUCCUCCCGGGAUAUUCAGGCGGCAGAGAUCAGUUCCCCGGAGAAAAUGGCACCUGCAGAGGGUGGACUCUGUGGCAUCGCGUCCCUUCCCCAAAUUCUGCCCAGCAGCCCCAGAUCUCCAGGGAUUUCCCAGCCCACCCUCGGGGGAGCGCCCUGUUUUCCUAAAGAGCUUUGAACAGCCUGGGCGGGGAGAGGGAGUGGCGGGUGGCGGCCCUUCACUUCUGGCAAAGCUACGCGCCUAACGGACUUGGAUGGUCGCGGCAGAGGGCAGGAGGGGGGAGGGAGGCGCACAGGCCUGAGGAACCCCCCAGCGCCCGCCUUCCGACCCCUUGCCGUCUGCGAGACGCUGAUGACUGUAUCUCAUAUCAUAAGUGCCUAGAGUAACGUGUGAAAAGGCGUUCGGGUGGACAUGCCCGGGAGGAGAAUUGGUGGUUGCCUUUCCACCUUCUCUCAGCUUGGUCUGUCUUGCGGGGGCCCCUUUCCCCCCACUUUUGUGCAACCACUUUUGC